AUGCCUAGCACUUGGGCGCGCUUCAAGAGCCUGUUUGGUGGUGAUGCCUCCAAUGGUUCCAGCCGUCGUGAAUGGCUUCAUGAGGAGGAGAGAGCUCUUCUCUCUCAUCACCGUAACCAGGGCAUCACAUCUGCCACUCCUCCUGCCGAGGUCAUGAAAGUUUGCCUACGACUCCGACAUCUGAUUCGCGAAUGCGUUCCCUGCGAGCUCGAGGAAAGUGCCAUUACGCGCUCUCACAGUACGGUCAUUACCAAAAAUGUUGUCCAGGCGGCCAAAGAGGCUGGUGGUCAGAAGUAUCGUGCAUGCGUCGUAUAUGCUCUGCUAGUUAAUAUGAAAUGGUUCAAGCGCGAGGCGAUCGUCGAGCUGUGGGAUGCUGACCUUCAUGAUCUUCGCGCUGUUGCUUGCACUGUCAUCGCUAAACAGAUCAUCGAAGGAGAAGAAGACCUAGAAUAUCUCCUGCAUCACGUCCUUCUUCGCCGGUACUCUUUCCUGAUUGGCAAGGUUCCUACUCCACCAACCAAUGUCAUCGAGAAAGCUGUGGACUUGCACGCUGUUCGAGUUAUUGGUUCCUCCGGCUACCAGAAAUGCAUUGCAUAUCUCUGGCGUGGCUGGCUGGUUCAAGACGAAGACGACCCUUCCGAGUUUGUUGACUACAAGAACAAGGCGAACACAAAUUUCCUUGUUCACAUGGAUCCUGACCGUAUGCGCGCCCCUCGUUAUCAGAAUGCUGCCCAGCUACUCUUCUCUGUCAUCUACCUGGGCCUUUACACGGCUGCAGUCAACUCUGCAAAUCCGACAGGAGUGCUUGAUGGUGCUGAGAUUAUUCUCUAUAUCUUCACCUUUGCUUAUGUUUGCGACGAAUGCCUCAAGUUUUGGAAGGCCGGCUAUGCUAUUAUCGGAUUCUGGAACGUCUUCAACUUCAUUCUCUACACCUUCUUAACUGCCUCGUUGGUCCUGCGCAUUAUAGGACAAGUGUACUGGGACAACGAUAAAGUUUUCAACAAGUACAACGAGCUCAGCUAUAAUCUGUUAUCGUUCGUCGCGCCGAUGUUUUGGUCACGCCUUUUGCUCUAUUUCGAUAGCUUCCGCUUCUUUGGUGCUAUGCUAGUCGUGCUGAAGGUCAUGAUGAAAGAGUCGCUCAUUUUCUUCGCGCUACUCAUAGUUGUCAUCGUUGGCUUCCUUCAAGCCUUCAUUGGCCUGGACAUCGCCGAUGAUAACAUUAUGGGGGACACUUGGUUCAUUAUCGAAUCCAUGCUCAAAGCCAUCAUGCAAAGUCCUGAGUUUGAUGGAUUCGAGAACUUUGGACAUCCCUUUGGUCUAAUUCUCUACUACUGCUUUACUUUUGUUGUCAUGAUCAUUCUGCUUAACAUCCUCAUUGCGCUUUACAACUCAGCCUACGAGGGUAUUUAUUCGAAUGCUGACGACGAGUAUCUGGCGCUUUUUGCACAGAAGACAAUGCAAUUCGUCCGAGCUCCUGACGAGAAUGUCUAUAUUGCUCCAUUUAACCUUAUCGAGAUGGUCAUUUCAGGUCUACUGGAAUGGUGGGUGCCAAAGGCCACCUAUGAGUUUAUCAACGACUGUGUUAUGGCUGUGCUAUACUCACCCCUCCUUUUUGUCGCUGCUCUACUCGAGAAACGAGAUGCGCGUAAGAUUCGAAGUAACCGCAAGAGAGGCGAAGAAGAUGACGACCAGAUUCAUGAGUGGGAACAAUUCCAAGAAGACUUGGAUAUGGAGGCUGAAGGUUGGACUAAGACCUGCGAGACCGCCAAGCCGAAUGUGGAAGACGAGCCCGCCGUAAUUGAAGUUCGCAAACUGCGAGCUGAGGUAGAUGAACUGAAGUCAAUGCUUUCGCAAUUCAGUGAUACCAUCAAGGGGAGCGGUGACGAAGCCAUCACGAGAUCCAACACCGGAAAGGCGCCAGAAACUGGAGAUGAUGGGACCCAGACUGCGUCAGAGGCCACCGAGACUCUAGAUACACAGGACACAUCGGAUGCCCCUGAGGGAGAAGCGGCAUCUGGUGAUAAUAAGUCGGGAAAGAAGAAUAAAAAGAAAAACAACAACAAGAAGAAGGGUGGCUCUAGCAACUAG